UUAGCUGGUUUUGUCAAAUACUGACUGGAACACCCUAACUGGAGGUAAUCAUGAGUUAUCAGAUGCAGUCUCCAGCUCCACCUGGGAGUCGCCCAAUGUCUCAUGGCAACUACAACAAUCCAGGAGAUAUGCCAAUAGGUAAUCCAAAAGAACAGGCAAUUCUUUGGCAGCAGAACACUUACUUGGGUGACUCAGGCAUACAUUCAGGGGCAACUACUCAGGCUGCCUCAUUGAGUGGAAGAGAAGAGGAUAUGGACAAUGAUCAGAUGGUGUUUGAUUGGAAUCAGUCUGGUUUUACUCAGCCUGGAUUUACACAAGAUCAAGUGGAUGAUAUGAACCAACAACUCAAUCACACUCGUUCACAGCGAGUGCGAGCUGCCAUGUUUCCAGAAACACUGGAAGAAGGCAUUGAGAUACCCUCAACCCAAUUUGACACAAGCCAACCAACUGCUGUCCAGCGUUUGUCAGAACCUUCUCAGAUGCUGAAGCAUGCUGUAGUUAAUCUCAUCAACUACCAGGAUGAUGCUGAUCUAGCAACUCGUGCUGUCCCUGAAUUGAUCAAACUUCUUAAUGAUGAGGAUCAAGUUGUAGUUAGCCAAGCUGCCAUGAUGGUCCAUCAACUUUCAAAAAAAGAAGCGUCUCGACAUGCCAUAAUGAAUUCUCCACAGAUGGUUGCAGCCUUGGUGCGUGCUAUGUCGACAUCUAAUGACUUAGAAACCACUCGUUGUGCUGCAGGAACCUUGCACAAUUUGUCUCAUCAUCGUCAAGGUCUAUUAGCUAUUUUCAAAUCUGGGGGAAUUCCUGCACUUGUCAAGCUACUUAGUCAUACAACUGCAUUUCAAAGGGGCAUGCAAGCUCUUUCAAUGCAUCUUGGCCAUCAAAGUCAGCGAUUGGUUUUAAAUUGCUUGUGGACCCUUAGGAACUUGUCUGAUGCGGGUACUAAACAGGAUAGUGUUGAUACUCUGCUCCAAGGAUUAGUACAACUUCUUGGAAGCAAUGACAUCAAUGUAGUGACCUGUGCAGCUGGUAUUUUGUCAAACCUGACUUGUAACAACAUGCGCAACAAAGUGAUUGUGUGUCAAGUUGGAGGUAUUGAGAAUUUGGUCCGCACCAUAAUCCAGGCAGGAGAUCGAGAAGAGAUCACAGAACCUGCUGUUUGUGCUCUGCGUCACUUGACCAGUCGUCAUCCUGAAGCUGAAAUGGCACAAAAUGCUGUUCGCCUUCAUUAUGGGCUCCAAGUAAUAGUUAAAUUAUUACACCCACCAAGUCGCUGGCCUCUUAUUAAGGCUGUGAUUGGUUUGAUCCGUAAUCUAGCUCUGUGCCCAGCUAAUCAUGCCCCUCUUCGUGAGCAUGGUGCAAUUCCUCGUCUUGUACAGCUGUUAAUCAAGUCAUAUCAAGACACACAAAGGCAAAGGUCCAGUGUAGCCUCGAGCAACAGUCAGUCUUCUUUCACAGAUGGUGUGAGAAUGGAAGAAAUUGUUGAGGGUACUGUUGGUGCACUGCACAUUCUGGCCAGAGAAGCUCAUAACCGUGCUAUUAUCAGAGGGUUGCAGGUCAUCCCUGUUUUUGUUCAGCUGAUGUACAGUGAAAUAGAAAAUGUUCAGAGAGUUGGAGCGGGAGUUUUGUGUGAGUUAGCUACAGACAAGGAAGGAGCAGAGAUGAUAGAAGCAGAAGGAGCUACUGCCCCACUUACAGAAUUACUACAUUCUCGUAAUGAAGGAGUUGCUACUUAUGCUGCAGCAGUGUUAUUCAGGAUGUCAGAAGACAAACCACAGGAUUAUAAAAAGAGGCUUUCAAUGGAACUGACCAAUUCUAUCUUCAGAGAAGAAAGUGCACCUUGGGGUGGAACAGCAGCAGAUAUGGAUAUAAACAUGCUUGGUCCAGAUGAAGCAUAUCAUGAUCAAAUAUAUCAAGGUAGUCAGGGUCCACCAAGUGUCCAUUCUGUUGGUGGUCGACAUAAUCCUUAUGCUCAGCAAGGUUUUGAUUCACAGGUCCCUAUUGAUUCCAUGCAAGGGCUGGAUCUUGGUGGACCCCAUGGAGGUGGCACUGGGUAUGCCCCAAUGGAUACAGACAUGGAUUUAGGGUCACCAGGUGACUUGAACUUUGAUACUUUAGAGUCAACUUUACCCCACCCCCCUUCUCAACAAGAUGGCAGUGCCCAGCUGACUGCUUGGUAUGACACUGAUCUCUGAGUUAUUGGGAAAUGACCAUUGUGUUUGUUUAAUAGGAAGGCAGCUAGUUGUGGGUUAGUUCUUCCAUCAUUCCUUCUUUCAGAGUGCAUUUUGUAGAAAAGUUGUCUCCAGGUGAUUUGAUGGUAGGUGUUAGUAAAUAAAUUUAAAAAUUGCUGGAAUUUAUUAAAUGUUUAAAUUUUCUUGAACAAGUAUAAAGACAUUAGUACCACCCAAAGAAAUUCUGCUUUAAUAAUAAAUUAUAUUAUAUUAAGAUAACAUAAACCUGCAUUUUAAUUUUUAUAGACUUUUUUUGCUUCCUCAGUUAAUACUCUGUGCACUUAUUUCUCUGCACAAGUCUUGAACAAUACGAUACUUUUUCAUCAAAUAGUGAUAUCACAAAAGUAACUUUAAGCACUUAGAGGCAUUUUUAACAUGUUACAGUUAAUUGGAUGAACUUUCCUCUUGGGUAUUUUAUUGUAUGCAUUUUUGUUCAGUAAGCUUGCAUGGAUUUGGGAACAGUCUGCAAUUGGUGUAGGUGCUGUAUCCUUGAAGAGUCCUAUCAGUGCAAAACUGUAUGUAAACGUUUUUGACACUUGUGCAGAAGAAAGAGUGGUAUAGAAAAGUGACAAAAUUAACCUUGUUGUGAAUUCUUUUGUUGUAAGUCUUAUUGUAAAAUUUAGAACAUAUUACACCAAAAUUAUAAAAUGCCCCCUCCCAAAAAAAAAGAUGAAAUGGUCUUCAUUUCAAAACCCUGUUAAAGCUCGUUUUAAAAGUAUAGACACAAAAUUUUCUUUACUUUAAGAUGGAGAAUUUAGAAAUUUAGAAAAAUUUAUGGAAAAUUAAUUAGUUAAGGGCUUUUGAAUUUAUUAUACAUGUUAUCUUUGUCAAAGAAGAAUACUGAAAUGGACUUCCCAUGCCACUCAAGUAAGAGUUUAUUUUGUGCACUAAUUGUAUUAACAUUGCAGAACAAUUUUUAGAAGUGUGGCAACAUACAUAGAUAGAAAUAUUUAAAUUUAUUACCAUAGAGUAAUGGUGGUCCAGUCAGUUUAAAACUAGCGAUUUGGUAUUUGUUCCCUGUGAUGUGUGAUUUUUGGUAUGUUGAUUCUUAAAGUAUUGCUUGUGUAUUUCACGUGUUAUGUAUUAUAUAUGUUUUCCUUUUUUGUAAGUGGUUUUAGUGAGUUUUACAUAAUUUUACACUACCUGUUCUCCAUUCCUAAAAUAAAUAAUUUCAUUUUCAUAUAUUAUUUAAUCCAGGAGACAAAUCAUUCUGUUCUGUAUUUAUGUAUAAUAAAAUUUAUUUAUAGACUGCAAGCUAACUUAGUCCGGGAAAGAUUCUCUGUUGUGGUGCAGGAUUUUCAUGUGUUUUAUAUAUAAAAAUGUUCAUGAACAUAGAAACAAAAACACAUCACUACAGCUGCCAUUCACUUGUAAGACUUACAAUUAUAGAAAAUUUGGUGUUUUUAUGUAUGAGGGCUGUUGCCAGUAUAUACUGGCUGAAACCCAUUGUUUUAGUAUCAUUCAUGAAAUGUUUCAAAUUUUAAUUAAGUUCGUUUUUAUGUGAAUGAAUAACUGUGUACAUUUAAAUUAAUGGAAGAGAUAAGUACUAAUUUUUUUAUGUACUUUUGAGAAUCUGCCACAUCUAGUUUUUUUGUUUUUUCAGACCUAUAACUCUGGUAGUUUUAGGAUAGGUUACAUUUAUGGUUAGCUAUGGAAAAGAAGGUGCAGCUUAUAUCAGUGUAUCGACCAACUUGAAGAAGAAAUUCAAGAUGGUUGGAAAUGCUCUGUGAUCUAUAAGUGUUAGUGAUAAAAUAGUACACACACCAUAUAAUUUGCUGUACUUUGAGAGAAUAAUUUGUCUCCUGUGAUAAGAGGUCUUUAUUAUUAAAUGGUCCUUCAAUUUGACAUGGAAUAAAUAUCGCGUGGAGUUUUUUAAAAUCAGAACAGCUCAAUGUCAUAUGUGUUGUUGGUUCUAUUGUGUAUCAGUUGUUGUGGGUUGAUGUUUAUAAUAAAGUGCUUCCAUAUUGUCUUGU